AUGACCUACACUACCAGACAAAUUGGUGCCAAGAACACCUUGGAAUACAAAGUUUAUAUCGAAAAGGAUGGUAAGCCAGUUUCUGCCUUCCACGACAUUCCCUUGUACGCUGACAAGGAAAACAACAUUUUCAACAUGGUUGUUGAGAUUCCACGUUGGACCAACGCCAAGUUAGAAAUCACCAAGGAAGAAACUUUGAACCCAAUCAUUCAAGACACCAAGAAAGGCAAGUUGAGAUUCGUUAGAAACUGUUUCCCUCACCAUGGUUACAUUCACAACUACGGUGCUUUCCCACAAACUUGGGAAGACCCAAACGUAAGCCACCCAGAAACUAAGGCAGUUGGUGACAACGAUCCAAUUGAUGUUUUGGAAAUUGGUGAAACUAUUGCUUACACUGGUCAAGUCAAGCAAGUUAAGGCUUUAGGUGUCAUGGCAUUAUUGGAUGAAGGUGAGACCGAUUGGAAAGUUAUUGCCAUUGAUAUUAACGACCCAUUAGCUCCAAAAUUGAAUGACAUUGAGGAUGUUGAGAAAUACUUCCCAGGUCUAUUGAGAGCUACCAACGAAUGGUUCAGAAUUUACAAAAUUCCAGAUGGUAAGCCAGAAAACCAAUUUGCCUUCUCUGGUGAAGCUAAGAACAAGAAGUACGCUUUGGAUAUUAUCAAGGAAACUCACGAAUCCUGGAAACAAUUGAUUGCCGGUAAGUCUUCUGACAACAAGGGUAUUGAUUUGACCAAUGUUACUUUGCCUGACACCCCAACCUACUCUAAAUCUGCCUCUGAUGCUGUCCCACCAGCUUCUCCAAAGGCUGAUGCUCCAAUUGACAGGUCUAUUGACAAAUGGUUCUUCAUCUCUGGUUCUGUUUAA